UAAUGUAAAUGUGGUAAUGGACUGAAAUAGUCCUAGCUUCCUUUGUUACAUAACACUGAGCCCUUGUCUAGCCACCAGAUCACAACUGGCACUUCCUGUCUCCAUUUUCAAAAUAAUAUUGUUGGCAUGUGUUGAGCGCUUCGAAUGCAAGUGCUAAAAAGAGAAUGCUGGACCUGAUUACAGAGCCAACGAGCUCACACGAGGUGAGGGUUAGAAAUACAUUGGCAAUACUCAAGACACUUUUCUUAUUUAUCCACGGAUCGUUUACGGGACGUUUUUUCCUAAUCUAACCAAUCAUUUGUUUAUUCCGUAGUGACAUAAGGAAUACUGUACACAGACAAACUGUAAACAGCUACUCUAUGCGAGUAUCACACUUCACUGGAGCAGAGGAGUCUGCGGUGACUGUCGCACACCUCCAGUCACCUCAUCUGCCAAAUCUUGCACAUAAGGAUCGUGUAAAUUAGCAAAGUGUGGAAAUAAAAGCCAGUACCAGCUCUCUCGCACAAUCACUCCAUAUCCUCCUCAGUCCCGAGCAUAAUGCCAUAUUUUUAACGGGCACUGCAUUAACAAUUAUAAAGGAGGAAGUUAUUCUGAAGGGUCAAUGGAUCACCAGCGCUGUCAUGCAAUGCAAAUUAAUUCUGCUUUUAAAGGCGUCUUUUAUUUUUGAAAUCUGGCGCCGGAAGCUGUUCCUGUUAAAGUUCCCCGCAGCUGAGUCCCGCUCCCUGUCAGUCCGCCCAGUGCCGAGCUGCGGUCCUGCUUCGUACAGUCUGUUAGCGAAAAUGAGCGACAAAGGUCUGUCAGACGAGGCAGCGGCAUCGGCUUGCAAAGAUGGAGACCCGAUUACUAAGGAUUUCAUGAUGCAGCAGACUAUGCUGCGGGUUAAAGAUCCGGCCAAAUCCUUGGAUUUUUACACCAGAAUCCUCGGCAUGACGCUCCUGCAGAAGUUUGACUUCCCCGCCAUGCGCUUUUCACUCUUCUUCUUGGGCUAUGAGGACAAGAAGGAGAUUCCCACAGCUGUGCAGGAGAAGACGGCCUGGACCUUCUCCAGAAGAGCCACCAUUGAGUUGACGCAUAACUGGGGCUCUGAGGCUGAUGAGAGCCAGUCUUAUCACAGUGGAAACUCAGAUCCACGUGGCUUUGGACACAUUGGAAUUGCAGUUCCUGACGUCUAUGCAGCCUGCAAACUGUUUGAAGAGCAAGGAGUCACAUUCGUCAAGAAGCCAGAAGAUGGUAAAAUGAAAGGCUUGGCCUUCAUUCAGGACCCUGAUGGUUACUGGAUUGAGAUCUUGAGUCCUAACAACAUGGUGUCCAUUACCUCCUAAAAGCUAUGACAGCGAGCUACCAGCUGCAGCGGGAGGGGAAGAAUGGAGCAGGUUCACUUGCACAAUGGCAACCGGUGUGCCCUGGCAGGGGCUGGACAGCUGAUCAGCAAAUGGAUUCGCUACCUGAGUUAAUUCCUAUGAACAGAAACUACUCUGUGUGGCUGUUGGGCUCGUCUACCAUCAUCCGUUUGUAUAGGUCUUCAAAAAGUGAUGCCGGAAUAAACGCGGUAUUACUGUAUAAUAAAUGUGAAAGCCACCGUUUAAACGGCAAUGGAUUUGUGAUUUCUUGUAGUUUCGAGAGACUAAGCAAAAACAGUAACUUUUUGUUAAAACACUAAAGGGCAGUGGAUCCAAAUCAAGAUUAAAGCAAGCGAUAAAAAGAUGACCUGGGUUUUUAUCACAUUUCAGUCAUAAAGAGAAUGUGAGUUACAGUUUUUAAAUGUUUUCAGAAUUAGUUAUUUUAAAGUCAAAUCUGAAACAAUUCUCAUAUAGUUCUAAAAUCCACCACAUGGCUGCUAUACAACCUCCACCAGCAUCACUGUUACCACUGUUACCAUUCUAGUGUCUGCCCUCUGUCAGCACCAGACUGAGCUCCCCUUGCCUGUGCCGUUGUUUAUGGUGAGCGUUAACUUAAACAGCCUUGGCUCUUGUUUGCACAGCACAUCUGUUAACCUUAGCAGCUUUUCACUUUUGCUUGUUUGAAUAAAGAAUACUACUGAGAAA